AUGGGUCCAGACAAAGUCACGGGUCUGCAGCCAAAAGACGGCUCCUACAAGUGGGUGGGAUCAUCAGAGGGUGGGAUCAUCAGAGGGAUCAUCAGAGGGAGGGUGGGAUCAUCAGAGGGUGGGAUCAUCAGAGGGUGGGUGGGAACAUCAGAGGGAUCAUCAGAGGGUGGGUGGGAACAUCAGAGGGAUCAUCAGAGGGUGGGUGGGAUCAUCAGAGGGAUCAUCAGAGGGUGGGUGGGAUCAUCAGAGGGAUCAUCAGAGGGAGGGUGGGAUCAUCAGAGGGUGGGUGGGAACAUCAGAGGGAUCAUCAGAGGGUGGGUGGGAACAUCAGAGGGAUCAUCAGAGGGUGGGUGGGAACAUCAGAGGGAUCAUCAGAGGGUGGGUGGGAUCAUCAGAGGGAUCAUCAGAGGGAGGGUGGGAUCAUCAAAGAGUGGGUGGGAUCAUCAGAGGGUGGGUGGGGUCAUCAGAAGGGUCAUCCGAGGGUGGGUGGGGUCAUCAGAGGGUGGGUGGGGUCAUCAGAGGGUGGAUGGGAUCAUCAAAGAGUGGGUGGGGUCAUCAGAAGGGUCAUCCGAGGGUGGGUGGGGUCAUCAGAAGGGUCAUCCGAGGGUGGGUGGGGUCAUCAGAGGGAGGGUGGGAUCAUCAGAGGGUGGGUGGGGUCAUCAGAGGGUGGGUGGGGUCAUCAGAGGGUGGGUGGGGUCAUCAGAGGGUAGGUGGGAUCAUCAGAGGGUGGGUGGGAUCAUCAGAGGGUGGGUGGGAUCAUCAGAGGGUGGGUGGGGUCAUCAGAGGGUGGGUGGGGUCAUCAGAGGGAGGGUGGGAUCAUCAGAGGGUGGGUGGGGUCAUCAGAGGGUGGAUGGGAUCAUCAAAGAGUGGGUGGGGUCAUCAGAGGGUAGGUGGGGUCAUCAGAGGGUGGGUGGGAUCAUCAGAGGGUGGGUGGGAACAUCAGAGUGUAGGUGGGAUCAUCAGAGGGUGGGUGGGAACAUCAGAGGGUGGGUGGGGUCAUCAGAGGGUAGGUGGGAUCAUCAGAGGGUGGGUGGGAACAUCAGAGGGUGGGUGGGAUCAUCAGAGGGUGGGUGGGGUCAUCAGAGGGUAGGUGGGAUCAUCAGAGGGUGGGUGGGGUCAUCAGAGGGUGGGUGGGGUCAUCAGAGGGUGGGUGGGAUCAUCAGAGGGUGGGUGGGGUCAUCAGAGGGUAGGUGGGAUCAUCAGAGGGUGGGUGGGGUCAUCAGAGGGUGGGUGGGGUCAUCAGAGGGUGGGUGGGAACAUCAGAGGGUGGGUGGGGUCAUCAGAGGGUGGGUGGGAUCAUCAGAGGGUGGGUGGGGUCAUCAGAGGGUGGGUGGGGUCAUCAGAGGGUGGGUGGGAUCAUCAGAGGGUGGGUGGGGUCAUCAGAGGGUAGGUGGGAUCAUCAGAGGGUGGGUGGGAUCAUCAGAGGGUGGGUGGGAACAUCAGAGGAGGGAGGGUGGGAUCAUCAGAGGGUGGGUGGGGUCAUCAGAGGGUGGGUGGGAUCAUCAGAGGGUGGGUGGGGUCAUCAGAGGGUGGGUGGGAACAUCAGAGGGUGGGUGGGAUCAUCAGAGGGUGGGUGGGGGUCAUCAGAGGGUGGGUGGGGUCAUCAGAGGGUGGGUGGGGUCAUCAGAGGGUGGGUGGGAACAUCAGAGGGUGGGUGGGAACAUCAGAGGGUGGGUGGGAACAUCAGAGGGUGGGUGGGGUCAUCAGAGGGUGGGUGGGAUCAUCAGAGGGUGGGUGGGGUCAUCAGAGGGUAGGUGGGAUCAUCAGAGGGUGGGUGGGAACAUCAGAGGGUGGGUGGGAUCAUCAGAGGGUGGGUGGGGUCAUCAGAGGGUGGGUGGGGUCAUCAGAGGGUGGGUGGGAUCAUCAGAGGGUGGGUGGGGUCAUCAGAGGGUAGGUGGGAUCAUCAGAGGGAGGGUGGGGUCAUCAGAGGGUGGGUGGGGUCAUCAGAGGGUGGGUGGGAUCAUCAGAGGGUGGGUGGGGUCAUCAGAGGGUAGGUGGGAUCAUCAGAGGGUGGGUGGGGUCAUCAGAGGGUGGGUGGGGUCAUCAGAGGGUGGGUGGGAUCAUCAGAGGGUGGGUGGGGUCAUCAGAGGAGGGAUCAUCAGAGGGUGGGUGGGAACAUCAGAGGGAUCAUCAGAGGGUGGGUGGGAUCAUCAGAGGGUGGGUGGGAUCAUCAGAGGGUGGGAUCAUCAGAGGGAGGGUGGGAUCAUCAAAGAGUGGGUGGGAUCAUCAGAGGGUGGGUGGGAUCAUCAGAGGGUGGAUGGGAUCAUCAGAGGGUGGGUGGGAACAUCAGAGGGAUCAUCAGAGGGUAGGUAUGAUCAUCAGAGGGUGGGUGGGAUCAUCAGAGGGUGGGAUCAUCAGAGGGAGGGUGGGAUCAUCAAAGAGUGGGUGGGAUCAUCAGAAGGGUCAUCCGAGGGUGGGUGGGGUCAUCAGAGGGAGGGUGGGAUCAUCAGAGGGUGGGUGGGAUCAUCAGAGGGGGGGUGGGGUCAUCAGAGGGUGGGUGGGGUCAUCAGAGGGUGGGUGGGGUCAUCAGAGGGUGGGUGGGGUCAUCAGAGGGUAGGUGGGAUCAUCAGAGGGUGGGUGGGGUCAUCAGAGGGUGGGUGGGGUCAUCAGAGGGUGGGUGGGAUCAUCAGAGGGUGGGUGGGGUCAUCAGAGGGUAGGUGGGAUCAUCAGAGGGUGGGUGGGGUCAUCAGAGGGUGGGUGGGGUCAUCAGAGGGUGGGUGGGAACAUCAGAGGGUGGGUGGGGUCAUCAGAGGGUGGGUGGGAUCAUCAGAGGGUGGGUGGGAUCAUCAGAGGGUGGGUGGGGUCAUCAGAGGGUGGGUGGGGUCAUCAGAGGGUGGGUGGGAACAUCAGAGGGUGGGUGGGGUCAUCAAAGAGUGGGUGGGAUCAUCAGAAGGGUCAUCCGAGGGUGGGUGGGGUCAUCAGAGGGAGGGUGGGAUCAUCAGAGGGUGGGUGGGGUCAUCAGAGGGUGGGUGGGAUCAUCAGAGGGGGGGUGGGGUCAUCAGAGGGUGGGUGGGAUCAUCAGAGGGUGGGUGGGGUCAUCAGAGGGUAGGUGGGAUCAUCAGAGGGUGGGUGGGGUCAUCAGAGGGUGGGUGGGGUCAUCAGAGGGUGGGUGGGAACAUCAGAGGGUGGGUGGGGUCAUCAGAGGGUGGGUGGGAUCAUCAGAGGGUGGGUGGGAUCAUCAGAGGGUGGGUGGGGUCAUCAGAGGGUGGGUGGGGUCAUCAGAGGGUGGGUGGGAACAUCAGAGGGUGGGUGGGAUCAUCAGAGGGUGGGUGGGAACAUCAGAGGGUGGGUGGGAUCAUCAGAGGGGGGGUGGGAUCAUCAGAAGGGUCAUCAGAGGGUGGGUGGGAACAUCAGAGGGUGGAUGGGAACAUCAGAGGGUGGGUGGGGUCAUCAAAGAGUGGGUGGGAUCAUCAGAAGGGUCAUCCGAGGGUGGGUGGGGUCAUCAGAGGGAGGGUGGGAUCAUCAGAGGGUGGGUGGGGUCAUCAGAGGGUGGGUGGGAUCAUCAGAGGGGGGGUGGGAUCAUCAGAGGGUGGGUGGGGUCAUCAGAGGGUGGGUGGGAUCAUCAGAGGGGGGGUGGGGUCAUCAGAGGGUGGGGUGGGGUCAUCAGAGGGUGGGUGGGGUCAUCAGAGGGUGGGUGGGGUCAUCAGAGGAGGGUGGGUGGGAUCAUCAGAGGGGGGGUGGGGUCAUCAGAGGGUAGGUGGGAUCAUCAGAGGGUGGGUGGGGUCAUCAGAGGGUGGGUGGGGUCAUCAGAGGGUGGGUGGGAACAUCAGAGGGUGGGUGGGGUCAUCAGAGGGUGGGUGGGAUCAUCAGAGGGUGGGUGGGAUCAUCAGAGGGUGGGUGGGGUCAUCAGAGGGUGGGUGGGGUCAUCAGAGGGUGGGUGGGAACAUCAGAGGGUGGGUGGGGUCAUCAAAGAGUGGGUGGGAUCAUCAGAAGGGUCAUCAGAGGGUGGGUGGGGUCAUCAGAGGGAGGGUGGGAUCAUCAGAGGGUGGGUGGGAUCAUCAGAGGGUGGGUGGGAUCAUCAGAGGGUGGGUGGGAACAUCAGAGGGUGGGUGGGGUCAUCAGAGGGUGGGUGGGGUCAUCAGAGGGUGGGUGGGAUCAUCAGAGGGUAGGUGGGAUCAUCAGAGGGUGGGUGGGAACAUCAGAGGGUGGGUGGGAUCAUCAGAGGGUGGGUGGGGUCAUCAGAGGGUAGGUGGGAUCAUCAGAGGGUGGGUGGGGUCAUCAGAGGGUGGGUGGGGUCAUCAGAGGGUGGGUGGGAUCAUCAGAGGGUGGGUGGGAUCAUCAGAGGGUGGGUGGGAACAUCAGAGGGUGGGUGGGGUCAUCAGAGGGUGGGUGGGGUCAUCAGAGGGUGGGUGGGAUCAUCAGAGGGUGGGUGGGGUCAUCAGAGGGUGGGUGGGGUCAUCAGAGGGUGGGUGGGAUCAUCAGAGGGUGGGUGGGGUCAUUCUCCGCAGCAGCUGUUUGAGAGUAAACAGAUUUGGCUGCUGGCUGUUUUGUUUUCGGACAUUUUAA